UGUAAACAGUGGUGCGAUGAACAUUGGGGUAUAGUGUCUCUUUCAACUUAUAGAUGAAUAUUUUAGCGGACCUUCGAAGAGGAAAAAGUCACAAAGGGCCAUUCACCCAGGCCACCACCUAGGAAGGACCCUGGCUGGAGUCAGCGAGCCACGCCCUCACUCACACUGGGUCUGGUCAGAGUAGGGAGGCGAUGGAACACCCGGAGAUGCCGUGGAGGCACGGAGUAGGGAGGUCCAGUGCAAGGGCGCUGGGCCGUUAAUUAUAGGUGUUCCACUUAGCGCCCUGGCAGGGAGGACUGACACAGUCCGGAUUCCAGCAGAAGCCAGGUGGUGACGACUGGACAGGGCGAGGAGUCUGUAACUCGUUUCGAAAUGGAAAGGGCCCUAAUGAGGACCCUUAGGGCUUCCGCGGGUUUGCGCUCUAAAUCCCUGGCCUGGGGGGCGGGGCGAGGUGGUGCAGGCGGAAGCCCGUUGGGAGGCGAGGGAGGAGGCAACGGAAAUGACGCUUAGGCGCACCAAUAGGGCGGGUCAGGAGUUGGUCUCCCCGCCCCCUUGGGUAGGGGCUGACGGUUUCCGGUAGCGGCGUCUGAGAGGGCGGGGGAGAAGAGGUGGCGGUUCCGUGACCCUUACCCCGCACCCCUGCAGACGCCGGAAGAUGAUGGUCUACGAUGAGUCACAGCUGGAGUCGGUGGGAGGGGGAGAGGCCGUGGCGGUCCCAGGGCCACCCCCAGAACCCCGCGCUCCCGAGCCCGGAGCCCCGGUGCCGGAGCCUGGCCUGGACCUGAGCCUGAGCCUGAGCCCGCGGUCCGAUAGUCCCGGACGCGGAAGGCCCAACUGCAGCCCUGGACGGCGGAAGGGGCGGGCGGACCGGCGGGGCGGGGCCCGCAAGGGGCGGCAGGUCCGCUUCCUCCUGGCGCCGCCUUCCCCGGUCCGGUCUGAGCCGCCGGCGGCCGCCGCCUCAUCGAGCGAGAAGCCCGAGGCGCCGCAGGACUUGGGGGCGCCGGUGCAGCAGAGUAGCCUGGCCCUGAGCCUUGAGCUGCAGGCCGCAAGGGCCGCAGCCGGGGGCCAGUUCGAUGCCGCGAAGGCCGUGGAAGAACAGCUGAGAAAGUCGUUCCAGACCCGCUGCGGCCUGGAGGAGAGCGUGACCGAGGGGCUGAACGUGCCGCGCUCCAGGCGGCUCUUCCGAGAUCUGGUGAGUCUGCAGGUGCCGGAGGAACAGGUUCUGAACGCCGCGCUGAGGGAGAAACUGGCGCUCCUGCCGCCGCAGGCCCGAGCCCCACCUCCAAAGGAGCCACCUGGCCCAGGGCCAGACAUGACCAUAUUGUGUGAUCCGGAAACAUUAUUUUAUGAAUCUCCACACCUGACCCUGGAAGGUCUGCCCCCACUCCGGCUUCAACUCCGGCCCCGCCCUUCAGAAGAUACCUUCCUUAUGCAUCGGACGCUGAGGCGAUGGGAAGCGUAGACCUGGGGGCUCCCUGGAUUGCUAGUUUGUAUUUUUUGGUGUUGAAACUAUUUAUCAGAAUAAAGUGGUUUUGCUAAUAAA